AUGCCAGCCACCGCCCUCAUUCCCCACUCCAGUCUGCUGACCGGCUCGGACAGUGGCUGGGGUGUGGGAAUGGGAAAGAAGAGUGAGGUCGACGACCCAGCGCACAACUUCUCGUUGAAUACUAACGAAUCCGUCACUCCCCCUACCGGUGACGAACAUCUCGACGCCUCGUCAACCAUCGAUACUACCACCAUUGCCCACAAUACCAGUCCCGCGGGCUAG